UGCGUCAGGACUCGUAGAAAGAAAGCUAUUAAGCUCCUAUGAGGGUGAUGUUUUAAAAACAGGAUUUUAACGUUACUUGCUCGGCUGGGUCUUCGCAACAAAUCUUAACCCCGCCUCCACGUCUGUUGGGGUUUUCAGCUACAGCUCAGGGUUUGGAGGAGUGCGUUUUUCGUACGGUUCCCGUGGCUUCUUUUUUUUGCUCUAGACAUAAAUUCAUUUCAAAUUGAUUGCUUCGGCGCAUUAACAGACUCAGUGGGAUCAAGAUAUUCUUGUCGCAUUUAGCCCUGGAUUAAAUGUCGAAAUGUACAGCUUUGUGGAUAUUUUGUCUAUAGACUUUCUAAGUUAACGACUGGUUUCAUAAUUAUUUUUGGAAUUCAGAUAGUUUUCAAAUUCACUUCCUCCAUUACUUCUUUGCCUGAUACUCAAAGAGGUGAAACUGUCCUUAAGUCCGUGAAGCUAGAAUUCCCUCUGUUAAGAACCGCAGGACUUGUUUUGUGACUAAUCAUAUGAAAAACGUUGAGUUUAGCCUGGAAAGGGGGAAAAGGCUUAAAAUGCCAGCGAGGAGACUGCGAGAGGUUGUUUCUCCAAACCAAGGGAAUAAAUUGGCUGUGGUGGAAGAUGAGCUGCCCCGUGUCCCUCCAGCACUGUCUGCAAAUAAGUGUCAUGCUGUUGGAACGAGAACUAGCUCAAAUGGAACGUUACGUGGCUCAUUGGAUUUAACUUCUGCUAGACAGUAUCACCAGCCUCUGUCAGAAAACCCCACUGAACCCAAUAAAAGUGAUUUUUCUAAAGAUGCUGUAGUUUGGAGGCUACCUUUGAAUGAAACAGAAGAGAACAACGCACGAAAAGGUAAAUUAAUACAGUUGAUUCAGCUUAGUAAUCAGCUUGAUAAAGCUGAGUUAAAAUGUACAGAAAGUGCUCAAAGCAUGCCUGUUUUUAAGGCGGUGAAAGUACAUCUUUUAGGAGACACGAGUACAGAAAAGAAUGCUGUUGCUGAGGAGACUGAAACUCCACCCAAUAGAAUUGAUUCGGCUACAACUGUGGCUGCAGCAACUGCCGCUGCCAUUGCAACAGCAGCUCCUUUGAUCAAGGUGCAGAGUGAUUUGGAAGCCAAGGUUAAUUCUGUUGGAGAGUUACUUAAUAAGUUACAGGAGACUGAUAAACAGUUACAACGUGUGACAGAGCACCAAGCAAGCAUUCAGAAUAAGCAAGAGAAGUUGCACUGUCAUGAUCACGAGAAGCAAAUGAAUGUGUUUAUGGAGCAGCACAUCAGGCACCUUGAAAAACUACAGCAACAACAGAUAGAUAUUCAGACCCAUUUUAUUGAUGCUGCACUCAAGGCUAGCAAUCUUCAACUUGGCAUGUCCCCUUCCAGAGCAGUGGAAAGGUAUUCUGGAAAACUGGGACAUCCUGGUGUUGGUAGCAGUGUUUCUUCACACAACACAUUUGUUUCUAAACAAGUGCCUUUAAGUGAAGAUACAGAUUUUGAUGGGCAGAAAUCUCCUUUAGAGACACCAGCACCUCGCAGGUUUGCUCCUGUACCUGUUUCAAGGGAUGGAAAAAUAACAAAGAGGGAAAGCCCUAUAGAAGAAAAAGAAAAUAUGGAAAUGUGCAGUCCUAAAGGAAAUGUAAGACUGUUGGAACAAGUAUUAAGUAGUAAUGAGUGUUUGUCAAGAAAGAUUGAAUCAUCAGACAGAACCUCACUAACUCAGCCAAAACUGGGAUGGAAUUUCGAGAAAAGAGACAGCACUGAAACUCUACAUUCACAAAGAUUUCCAUCCUCUGAAGAACAAGGAACAGCUCAAGUACCUGUGCAGAAGUAUAAUGAUGUUGUUUAUGAUCUUGGGCAGAAGAAGAAACAAACAAUUGACAUGCUCCAGGUAAAGCAAUCUCCAAUUACAUUGAGGCUUUCAGAUCAUCCACAUAAUCCUGUUAUGCUCCAAACAACCGAUACAAGGUCUGUCUUGAAAGAUGCUGCGAAGAUUUUGAGAGGAGUACAAAACAAUAAAAAAGUUCUAGAAGAAAACCUGGAGGCUAUUGUUCGUGCAAAGGAUGGAGCUGCUAUGUAUUCAUUUAUCAGUGCUCUAGCUACCAAUAGAGAGAUGUCAGAGAAAAUUAGGAUCAGAAAGAAAGUAGAUGAAUGGAUUAAAAUCAUUUCAGCAGAAAUCCAGGAUGAACUUACAAGAAAAGAUUAUGAACAAAAGAGAUUUGAUCCAAAGAAUCAAAGGAACAAGAAAGCUCUAACUAUGAGUAGAGAUAUUAAAGCCAAUAACCAAGACAAAACGGUGAACAGAUCUGUAAUUCCAAGAAGCCAUUAUCAAAAGCAAAUGCAGGAGCAGUUUACAAGUCCACCUGUGAGGAGUGUGCCUGCCUCAGGCCCACAGAAAGAGAGGAAUGGCCUCUCGAAGUCAACCACAGCUUUGCAAGACGAGGAUUAUAUGUUACAGAUAUAUGGGAAGCCGGUUUAUCAGGGUCAUCGCAGCACUCUUAAGAAAGGACCAUAUCUCAGGUUCAGUUCUCCAUCUCCUAAGGCCAAGCCACAGAGGCCAAGAGUAAUUGAGCGAGUAAAAGGCACCAAAGUCAAGUCAGCAAGAACACAAACUGACUUUCAUGCUACAUCACUUAUGAAAAUGGAUUCUAAAAUACAGCAUCCCAUCACUGUACUACCUCACGCUGAUCAGCAGUAUCUGUGCAGCCCAAGCAGAGAAAUGCCUACUGUUUCAGGUACCCUGGAAGGCCAUCUGGUUCCUAUGGCAAUCCUUUUAGGACAAACCCAAAGUAACAGUGAUUCCAUACCACCUGCUGGAGUCAUAGUAAACAAGCCACACCCUGUAACUGUGACUACUUCUAUUCCUCCAUCAUCUCGAAAAGUAAAAGCUGGAGUCAAGAAACCUAACGUAGCAGUUGUAGAAAUGAAAUCAGAGAAGAAGGAUCCUCCCCAGCUCUCUGUACAGAUAUUACCUAGUGUGGAUAUUGAUAGCAUUUCAUACAGCAGUACUGAUGGGGCUUCCCCAUCACCAAGUCUCAAAGAAGCCUCUCUUCCUCCACUACAAACCUGGAUCCAGGCUCCAGAAUUUAUGAAGGUGGAUGAAGAAGAGGUGUCCCUUCCAGGAACUAACUUUGAUGAAGUAAUCGAUGUUAUUCAGGAAGAGGAAAAACAUGAUGAAAUUCCUGAAUGCUCUGCACCAGUGUUGGAGUUUAACAGAAGUGUUAAAGUUGCUCCUACAGAAUACAGUGGCCCUUCAUUUCCUCCCACAGCUUCUGCCCUCCGUCCCACCACGGAUAUGUUAGAUAAAGUAAUUGAGAGAAAAGAAACAUUGGAAAAUAGUUUAAUUCAGUGGGUAGAACAAGAAAUAAUGUCAAGAAUUAUCUCUGGGCUCUUUCCACUCCAGCAGCAGGCCAGACUUGAUGCCAGUGUUUCAGUAAGUGAGGCAAGCGAACCAUCAGCUUUUGACAUUGUCGCAGGAACAAGCAGUGGAGCGCUCCAGCAUAUGGUUGAUGCUGGAGUUCCUGUGAACUCAGACAUGAUCAGCCAUUUUGUCAAUGAAGCCCUGGCUGAGACCAUUGCUGUCAUGUUAGCUGACAGAGAGGCAAAGAAGCAGGGGCCUGCUGCUGCAAGUGAUCUUUCAAGAAGUGAAACUAACCUGUCGGCAAGAGUUUGUGCUCCAGUAGCUACACCGCAGCCUACUCCCCCGUGCUCACCAGCACCUUUGAAGGAGCACAUGGUAGUAAAAACUCCAGAUUCCUCUCCCUGCGAAUCCGAUCAGGAUGUGGCUUCUUGUAUUAAAGAGAUAUGUGUUGAAAAAGGAGGUUAUGAUAUGCCUGCUGUCACACUUGUUAGUACACCAGCACGGACUCCUGUCACUACCCCCCCUCCAGCAGCAGCUCUUACCCCAACUUUGUCCGAAAUUUCCAUUGACAAGUUGAAGUUAUCAAGCCCUGAACUUCCCAAGCCAUGGGACAGUGGAGACCUACCGCUGGAUGAAGAGAAUCCUAACUCUCCUCAAGAACUUCUUCACCCAAGAGCCGUUGUAAUGUCUGUGGCUAACGAAGAACCUGAGAGUGUUGACUUUUCUGCUCAGCCUGCACUUCCGGAGCCAGUUCCCUUAGCAUCACUUCCUGAGGACACCAAGGCCCCUUCUCUCCAGCAGAUACCAAGUUCUAGUUCAUCAACCCUGGAGAACACUUUGAGCACUGUCACUGAGACAGAAACUUUAGACAGGCAUAUAUCUGAAGGGGAGAUCUUAUUUAGCUGUGGUCAAAACUUGCCAACCAAGAGAAAUGGGGACUUGUUUCUGAUGAACAUAAAUGACAGUUUAUCCAGCACUCUGCAGGAUGCCUUUGAAAUGGAAGAUGAGCCUCCCAGUGAAGGACAGGUGAUGAGGAGGCCCCAUAAAAGGCUUCAUGAAAAUGCAAUCCUUUCUCUUCUUACUAAGCAAGAACAGGAACUCCUAGUUUCACAGCAAGCAGAGGACUUGGAUAACAGUGUGGGUGAGCUUAGUGAAGGACAGAGGCUCGUGCUGAAAGCAGCAGAGGACAUCUCAGCAGGACCGUUGAUCCGCAUGCUGCAGCCCACUUCUCCUGCAGAGCCUUCCGCUCUGCACGCAGACCCUGGACUGGUAUUUCAACAGUCUGACAUGGCCUCAGGUAAUAUUUGUGAAGAUUUAUGUGUCAGUCAUGGUCCAAUGAGUUUAAGGGAACUGGAGUUGCAGUCUGAUUCUAACCAUAUUCUUCCCACAACACAUGCAGCAACAAAGGGCAGUGAUGGUAAUUUACCAGAAGCAACUGAAGACUUUUCUCAGUACCAACAAAAGCAAGAUACAGACAUUAAACAAGUUGAACACAAGCCAAUACAAAGACAUCUAAUCUGUGUAAGAAAUAAAUCUGACAGUUCACUUUCACAACAUCAAGGUGGCUCGGCAGAUCCGCUCCUAAUUGCACACGUGUCGCCCGCUAGGAUGUCUGUGACUCUGCCCUCUGUGAACCUUGAGGACUGCUCUCAGUCCCUGAGCACCAGCUCCAUGCAUGGCGUCGCGGAAUCUUCAGGGACGGACACCUUCUGAGGAGGAGAGGCAGCACAAGGUUCAUGAAGACGUGUCACUCUGCCUGCAGCCCAUGUCUGUACACUUUGGUCUUUGAACAUAUUUUUAAACAUUUCUAAUAUUAAGAUGAAAGUGUCCUUUGAAUAUUUAGUAAGGCUUUUGAAUAAAGUAGGUGUAACUUAAA